AAGAUCACGACAUGCCGGACACGACGUAUAUAAAAGCGGGAUGCGGUCACAUGUUGAUCAGACACGGUUCUUCAUUGACAGCUACCAUGGAACCGGCCCGACCCUACUUCUUCGUCCUGGCAGUGAUGGCUAUCAUCAUUGCUGCUGCGGGCGAUGACCAACAGACUGCUCAGAAGCUGCAAGCAGAGAGCCAGAAGAUUGCCGAGGGCGCCACCAAGCAGCUGUUGGCAGCUUUUGCCAAACUGCGAUCCGACUACGACGCCACCGAGGCCGCCGAGCUGAAGGCAGCCUCUGCCGCGGUGAAGGCCGCCCUCAGCGCGGGAAGCGCCAAGCUGGCUAAGAUGCGGGUGCCGCAGAGGGCAGCACUCCAGGCCUUCGCUCGGAGUAUGGGCAAGGAGAGCAGCGAGCUCACCGGCAAAUACACCAGCCUCAUCAAUCUCUACAUCAAGGAUAAGGCCGCCGCCAAAAAGGAGAACAGCAUACCCGCCAUUCGCAAACUCCGCCAAGGCAAGCAGGCCGCGCUCAAGAAGUGGGAGGAGGACCUCGUGGCCCUCUUCUCCGACAUGCGCUCGGCGCUCAGGGCCGCCUACAAGAACGUGGCUUCCUCGGCCGACGUCCAGAAGAGCGUCGACGUGUCCGUGGUCAAACUUGUGGACGCCCUGAUCGACUACCAGCACGGCGUGCUGAGCCUCACCACGGCCACCCUGUUCGCCGAGGUGCAGAGCUUUGCGGCCCAGGCCGACACGGCGCUCCUCCACUUGGCCAACCACGCGUACGCCUAGGUCAUGCCUAGGUCAACCCCGAUGCCCCUGACAAUAAAGUCUUUGCUGGCAAAGCCAGCUAAUGGUCUCAAAGAGAA